AAUGAUAACGAGCAGGUGUAGUACCGUUUCAUAUAUACGGAAGGAAAUGCUACGUCCUUUCCUGUUGGCGGAUUGUGUCGGAAUUUUGUGUCGCCGCGCAUGGUGUCGCGUUGAUUUCCGGAAUUGGAGAAUUUUUUUUGUCGGGAAUAGUUUUCGUCGCGGAGAGACAGAGCGAUCGCGUGUACACGCAUACGCGCGCACAAUUCUGUUUAUUCCGUCGCGUCCCGUCCCGUCCCGCUCUUCAAUGCUAUGCACGCCCCCAGAUGCGCAUCAGUCUGAACAUAUUUCGCGGGCGCUUGGUCUCUGAUCGACGACCGAUGAGUUACGGAUAAGACGACGCGUUGCGCGAAGAACCGUUUGCGAGUGUUAUUUUCGUGGGUAAAAACACGAGUGGACGAAUACCUAUUUGUAUAUUGGCUAGACUGCAGUUUGAGGCACGGUGACUUUCGUUUGACUCUACACGAGAGCGCAAGCUAUCGAUGGUUCUGACAACGUGAUGUAAUUUCGUUCGUGGAUAAUUAUGGAGUAUGGUAUUAAAUUUUCGAGUGUCUGAGCUUCAGAUGCUUCUUGGUUUUGCUGGUAGAAAUAAGUCUGGCAGAAAGAACGAGUUGCAACAACGUGCACUGGAGCUAUUGCGUUUAAGAUCACAUCCAGCUAUUCGCCUAAAAAUUCGUGAAUUAUAUAAAACAAUACAAGCAGAUCAAAUGGCUACCGCUCAUCAAAUAUACGGCCAAACUGGCAGUUCCGCAGAACCACAAAUAGAUCAAAACAUGCAUAAUAGAAAUUAUUAUUCAACAAGACAAGCAAUGAGUCAACAACAACAGCAACAAGCAUCUGUUGCUGCUGGAAAGGAAUUGCCACCAGCGCAUCAAGCAUCUUUACCUCAAGCACCUAGAACAAAUCCAGUAUAUCAGACACCUGGUUAUACUUCUGUACCAUCACAGCGUGUAGCAAAUACAGGGUAUCAUCCGUAUCCAUAUAAUCCGAAAGUUUUAUCAACACCACUACAAAUACAACCUGCUGCAAGUCAAUAUCCCGUACAUCCAGAUGUCAGAUUGAAAAAACUUCCGUUUUUUGAUUUAUUAGGAGAAUUAUUAAAACCUUCUAGUUUAAUGCCACAGGGAACAAUGAGAUUACAAGAGAAUUCGUUCACAUUUCAUCUGACUCCACAGCAGGCGACAGAUAUUGGCACCUCACGCGAUUGUCGAACAGGCAGUAAAAUGGAUUACAUUGUACAGGUACAAAUGCGAUUUUGUUUACAAGAAACGUCAUGCGAACAAGAAGAUCAUUUUCCACCAAAUAUUGCUGUAAAAGUUAACGGAAAAUUGUGUCCUUUACCGAAUCCUAUUCCUACAAAUAAACCGAGCGUAGAACCAAAACGACCACCACGGCCUAUCAAUAUCAGUCCCUUAGUAAAACUGUCGCCCACUGUCGGAAAUGAAAUUCGCGUCACAUGGUCGGCUGAUUACGGUAGGCGAUACGCAAUCGCGGUUUACCUCGUAAGAAAAUUAUCCAGUGCUGAGUUGCUUAAUAGAUUAAAAAACAGAGGUGUGAGGCAUUCGGAUUACACAAGAGGAUUGAUUAAGGAAAAAUUAAAUGAAGAUGCUGAUAGCGAAAUAGCUACUACGUCACUGAGAGUAUCGUUAGCCUGUCCUUUGGGAAAGAUGAGGAUGUCUACACCGUGUCGCGCAUCGACGUGCUCUCAUUUACAGUGUUUUGACGCUUCCUUGUUCCUUCAAAUGAACGAGAGAAAGCCGACUUGGAAUUGUCCAGUCUGUGACAAGCCGGCGCUCUAUGACAAUCUUGUGAUCGAUGGGUACUUCCAGGAAGUUCUCAACUCGAAUAAGUUGUUGCCAGACGUAAAUGAGAUUCAGUUGUUACAAGACGGUUCGUGGGAGAACUUGGUUUUGAAAAAAGAGAAGGAUAAGGAAAAGGACAGGGAAAAGAAUGAAACUAAGACUGAAUCAAAUCAGGAUAAAAUUGAUGUAGACACAGUAGACUUAGAUGAAAGUAAUCCUACUACUCCAGCACCAAAAGAAAAGAAACGCGCAGUUGUUAUCGAUUUAAUAUCGGAUAGUGAUGACGACGAAGACAACACGCCGACUCAAAGUACAAAGAAACCAGCCAUUGGCAUUUCAUCGCCAAAGAAAGCACAGACCAACUCCAUUAGUAGUACAAGUGAAUCACCUGAGUUAAUGAUAAUCGAUUUAGAAUGAGGAACCGUGUAAAAUGAGUUAUACACGCGCGUGCGCGUGCUUACACACACGUACAGUGAAACUCUGUAAAAAUUACUACUUAUUAUUCUACACGCGACAUUCGAUCAUCUUUUCUGUACAUUAGAAUUUACAGUCAUGGAAAUGCCAUGUUUUUUGGGCAACUUUAUAUUUUUCGUUGUUUAACGGAAGCAAGAUUAAGAGGAAGAUGAGUGAAUGAAUCUGUGACUGAACGAUUUACAUUUAUUUAGAAUAUUAUUAAUAUAACGCUGCAUUCCCACGUAUGUUUUGUCCAAUUUUUGGCGAACUGAAUCUAGGCGUUGAAUUUCGAUCCAAUUCGAUAUACGUAUUUUAAUACAGAACAUUUGUGUAAUAUACAUACAUAUAUAUAUUAUAUACAUAUACAUACAACGUAAGUGAAAAUAAAGUUAUCUCCGUUUUUCGUAUUUAAGUUCCUUGCAUUAACCUUAACAUAUGCGAGGUCUCAGCGCGCGCAAGCUAGACGAGUAUGUUUUUUUAAAAAAGAAAAGAAACAAGAUCGCAAAAAUACAAUUCUUUGUGAUGUUCAAUCAAUCGGAGAUUAACUUAAAUGAUAAACUAUAUCUAUAACAUUAACAUGUAGAUUAUAUCGAUGCUUCUUUUUCAAGAUUUAUGUUUCAGAUAUAUAAUUGCUUUUAUUCUACAUACAUUAUUACUUAUUAAAUACUUGGACAAUAUAACACUCAGGAAGAUAUGCUCGAUGUGUUUAUUUGAUGUUUUCUUUCUGGAAAUAUUAGUUUUUUUUUUUUUUUGUGAAAAAAGUGAGGACGAAAAUGUCUGCGGUAUACAAACGUGUAGAAUGUGGAAAAGUCGCAAAAACGUUUUACCGCACGCGGACAACUGAUGGCGUAUAUGUGUAACGUGUUUUUUUCUUACUUUGGUGUCACAAG